UACGGGCAUUUUGGGCAUUGAUUGUGAUGGAGUCUUCACCGUUUCAAAUUAGGGGAUGCUGACACUACUCCCGAAUUGGUCUACUGGCCGUCACGCUUGACAUCCCCCAAAACCGACCAUGAUCGCCCCGUUGCCGCUACAAGAUCCAACCCCGCCAUCGUUCGCUACCAGCCAUGUUGAUGAUAUGUACUCCGUACGUAUGUCAGAAACAGGACUGAGGUUGGUAACUAUUCAUUAUCUUGUCGUGGCCGCUGAUUCGAUGGAUGGAGAUGACUAUGUACCGUUAGUAGCCAGUUCCUGUCAAUCAGCAAUAUUAAGCAGCCAAGUUACUCCACCGCUUUCCAAGCAGAUAACCAGAAUCAACCCUUGGGCUCGAGCUCAUUCUGAGUAGUGGACUGCGUUGUUAAUGCGUCACCCCCGACUGUAGUCAAGAUGCGAUGGCGUGGCGAUCCGCUGGUUACAUAUUGUACUAACCAGCGAACAGAGAUCCAUAGUUCCAGACAACGACACUGCUGUAUGUACACAGCAUU